AUGCGCCUUUCGGAUUGUAUUGGGCAGAUUGUGACGAGACCUCACUGGGAAGCACACACUGUUCGCAGCGCAAUUAAGGGCGCCCCAUACCUAUCCGAGUCGAAGACGGAAAUCUCCUCGUCGACUGCCCAACAACAGACUACCACCAAAUUGGUGCUGACAACACUGAGAAAUGCUUUCGAGAUUGGGGAUGCAAACGACAUUGUGAAAAAUCGACGGAGAGAAUAUCAACGCCUUAAACGCAAUAUGGCCAAAAGACGAAAAAAGUUAGAAAGAGAAGCGAAGACAGCAAAACUACGCCCUGAAACACGCUUACAUCAGGACGACAGGACAUUCGGACUUCUUUCGCAAAAUGUGAGAGGAUUUGGAGCGACGCCUAUCGAACAUCGGACUUGGCUCAACUCGCUUGGGCGACGAACUGCGCACGGGAAUCAAGAUCUAGUGUUACUUCAAGAGACUCACGUACACGCAGAGGAAACAGAGGAAGCUCAACGAGAGCAUGCAGCACGGUGGGGCUUUCGAAGUGGCGGUGGAGGACGAGCACUAUCUUACUGGGGAGCAGCAAGGGAACGCAAAGGCGGGGUCGGGAUCCUCGUGAACCCGUUUGGGGCAUUUCAGGACGUGAGGCCGUUGUGUGAAAAAGCAUGGUCUUCACACCUGGUGGCGGUGACGGGUACUUUUGACGGCCAAGAGGUAGCGGUGAUUAACGUAUACGCACCCAUCGAGCGCAAAGCUCGGGAAAAACUUUUUGAGAUGGUUGCAAGACUGACAUUACCAGCGCAUGGGAGGGUUUUCAUGGGUGGAGACUUCAAUUGUACAUUGGUGGGACAGUUGGACCGGACCCACACGCAUGACGCACAUGCACACGAGUCUCCAGCAUUGCGACUACUUCUGAAGAAAUGGAAAGCACGGGACUGUCUGGAAACAGCAAUGCCCUCGCCGAGUGACAGACACCGAGUUGCAAGAUUUCAUAGAAACCAACACUCCUAUCGGUACACUGUACACGGUGACCCUGCUUCAUCUCGCCUCGACCGUUGGUAUGGAACGGAUGCAGCACAGCUUUGGGUUGCUGGUGUCGAAGUAAUCCCCCCAGCAGCAAAAGCGGAUCAUGACGGUAUUCAACUCCAUAUACGAUCACCAACCAAUCCAAUUCAAGUGAAGAAGCCAACUCGCACGUACCCAGUGCCUCCAUAUGCUACGAGUUUAGUAGCAGCAUGUACGCAUGGUAUUCUGGACGAACUCCACGACCGACUACGUGACAAAACUCACUCGGCAGCAGAAGUGGUCACAAUAUGGGAGGACACUAAGCAACGUCUUUGCAGCUCAAUUAAACGCUGCAAACGCCAGGCACGGCAUCGGUUAUCGAAUACUUACCGUCAAAAAUUGGCACGACUUUUGAAGCAACAGAAGACGGCAAUAACGGCGGAAAAUGGUCGGGCAGAUGACAUUGAGGACUUGACCGCGCGGCUUGAUGGACUGUCGCUGGGAGACAUUCUAACUGGCACGCGUAUAGACAAUAUUCGUCGAAAGAUAGCUAAACUGCAAGAAGAAAGAGGGAGACAGAAAAUGAAGCAGCGGAUUCGACGCAAGACUUGGCAUGACGGAAGGUCAACUGGGCUACUUUUUAAGACCACAUCGAUAAAAUUCUCGGACAACUAA